AUGAGCCGAACGAGGGCUCAUGGCAACUCGAUCGACGGUGGCAGUCGCGAUAUUGGUGGCAACCUUGGCUUCAAUGAUGCCUCCGUCUCAGAUAAUCCGACCACAAACGAUCGGCGUGCGGAUGAACGCUCCUGCAAAAACGAAGUUAUCGACCUGACAUAUUCGUAUAUCGCUAAGGAGGAAAAGGACUGGUUCGGCAAGCCUAUCUCCAUUGUGCAGCCCAGACUCGAAGGGCUAGUUCCAAAUGAUUCCGGCGACAAUUCAUUUCUACUCGCAAUGAGUCGUUAUGUCUUGGCAAUGGUAUCCGUGGAUAUCGAUAUUCUUCUUGCUGAAAACAUGACUUCCGCUGUGGGUCUGAAGCGAGGCCACUUUCAGCAACUUGUUCAGAAGCAAAAAGAGGUAGCUCGCGUGAUGGCGGAGCACGCGUCUUGGGCUGAAAGCCAUCGGGCUUGCGUCGACAAUUUUGGAUUUAUAUACGUGGUAGAGAACGAUCCAAUGAACCCAUAUUUGGGAAAACUGGAACUCGGAUUCUUGAUCGAUAUGCUCGAAGCAUCCCGAAAGCAUUGCGCUUGGGAAAAUGCAGUAAUCCAAAUCAGUCGUCUCUAUCCCCUCAAGAGACCAAUUUCGGUACACAAGGUCCUUGAAAUCUUGACUGCGGCCCUGGAAACAGCUGGGCGCGAUCAAAAAAGACUCCUGGGCCUGCUAGAGGAAAGCUCCUGGAAGCAUAGCAGUUUGAAGGAGUGGUUGCCACAUACUGUUUGCCGAAUGUUUGGCCAGGAGGUUGAAGAUGGAAGUGUCUCUGGUGAAUGGACCUUGCAAGGAAUAGAUGGAGACGUCUACAAAAUAACCAAGCUUCUAAUCGAUAUACAAGGGAUGAGCCUGAAGACAUCUGACAUACCGAAGAUGCUAAAGUAUGUGCAUCCAUUUAACCGCCUCAUCCCAUCAAUCUCGCUACAGCAGGAGGAUAUCGAGAGCGAAAUUGAGUAUCUCAGAAAGAAGGCUCAGUAUAUGGCAAUCAAGAUCGAAAGUCCCGAGCCGGAUUAA